UGUACACUCUCUGGCUGUUGGUCUGCUGUCGUUGAACGGGUGCGAAACUGAUACUUUCGUCUUCUGAAAAGAACGUGAGGACUAACGGAAAUGAAUGUCCUGAGCUACGCUAUGUUCGCCAUUUGCCUAUGGUCUGUAAGCUGGUCAACUACAAGUGCCCAAGAGGCCUCAAGUGGCAAAGAAACAGUUCAAACAAAGACUGUAGACCUAGCUGAUGUUAGAAAACUGCUUCAAGCGUCGACCCCUCUUGUACUGCUCUGGGUCGACAGUUUUCCAUCGAAGAUAAAAGAUCUACGGUGCUGGAAGUCUUCCUAUUCUAGGGCUGCUGCUGCUGGUACCUUCACUCACAAUAUACAUGGAAAUUGGUUGGAAAAUACCGAGAGCACCGACGCUAAAUUAAAAAGACAUGAAGCUGAGGUCACCUUAGAACUGCUUGAAGUUCGUGGCAUAGCGACGCUUACAGUCACUUCAACGCCCAAUACUGAAUUUGUAGACCUUAUUAAGGGGAAUUAUCAUAUUUUUUAUGUUUCCUCUACUUGCAUUAUCUUGCGUGGACCUGUCUCAGAAAAGUAUCAGGGUUUAUGCACCGCCUGGGUUUCCGCUGAUACAGCCUCCUUUGUGCACAAAAAAUGCAAGGAAGCAUUUAUGACUCAUUGUACAACAAAUGAGCAGUGCAAUAAAAAUGAGGGAAGAAGACGUCGCUAGUGAAUAUAUGUAUGCAACAACAAAUGACGAGAAGAGCACCGAGGCAACACAGCUGCAUAAACAUAACAGUCGGUUCCUUGACUGUCAUGUGAUAAUUUUCGAAUUCUUACUAACAUAUGUACAUCACUGUACAUAUGUUGGAGCUCCUGGUCUCCUUUAGCUCGACAUACUUCUUGA